UCCUCUUCUUCUUUUUCCUCUUCUUCUUCUUGCUCCUCCUUUUCUUCUUCCUCUUCUUUUUCCUCUUCUUCAUCUUCUUCUUUUUCCUCUUCUUCUUCUUGCUCCUCCUCCUCUUCUUCUUCUACUUCUCCUUCUUCCUCUUCUUCUUCUUCUUCUUCUCCUCCUCCUCCUUCUUCCUCUUCUUCUUCUUCUUUCUCCUCCUACUCAUUCUCUUCCUCCUCCUCCUCCUCCCCCCCCCCCCUUUGCCGGCCCCCAAGAGCUCCAACUCUGCCGGAAACUCGGGCUUUUCUUCCUCUCCUGCGGCCGGGCUGCCUCCUUUUUGCAAACUUCUCUUGCGCGAGAGAGAGAGAGAGAGAGGCAGAGAGAUCUUCCUCCUCCUCCUCCUCUUUCCGAAGGGCCCGAAGUUUCUCUUCCGAGCCGGGAGCCCCGAAGGACCCUCUUGCAAGCCGCACGGACCCCACGACAGCCCCAGAGGCCAUGGAGCAGCCCGGGGGACCCUGAAGCCGAGCCGGGUCGCCUUUCCACCGGAGAGCCCUUGAAAGCAUUGCCGGGCCCUUCUCCUCCUCCUCCAUUCCCACCAUGGAAGAUGGAGUGAAGGAGGAGGCUGCUGAGAAGCCAAAAUGUCCCACCAAGACGUACAAAGCUGGCUGGAUCAAAAAGAGCAGUGGUGGCCUUCUGAGUCUUUGGAAAGAGCGUUAUAUCCAGCUGUGUCAAUCCCAGAUCUUGAUCUAUGAAAAUGAGCAAGAAGAGAAGUGUGUUGAGACUGUGGAGCUGGAAAGAUACGACAGGUGCCAAGACUUGCGGGCUCUCCUCAAAAGGAAGAAUCGGUUCAUUUUAAUUCGGGCUCCAGGAUAUAAGGUUCAGGAUAUCAAAUUUCAGGCAUUAAAUGGGGAAGAAAAGGAGUCCUGGAUGAAAGCCCUCAACGAAGGCAUCAACCGAGGCAAAAACAGGGUCUUUGAUGAGGUGAAAGUUGACGAAAGUCUGUCCCUGGAGCAUGUGACGCGAGGGAGAGCCAAGCAAGCACAUGGCCGCCGGCCGCCAACCAGAAGCCAUCUAAAGGAGGUUGCCAAUGCAAUGUCAGAUGGAAUACUGAGGCUUGACCUGGAUGUGCCCGAUAGUGGUCCUCCAAAUAUCACCUUGGUGACAGGGGAUCCGGAUGCUAUUCCUCUCGCAAAGGAGACAUUGAAUCCACCCAUGCCGCCGACAAGUGUGCCGAUCCUUCCUACGGAGGAUUCCAAUCCCAAUUCUACCCUAGAAGAUUUGGAGUUGAAGAAACCCCCAAUGCCUCCUGCUAAGCCUCCGAAGGAAGCGGGAGCAUCCAGUGAAAAUAUUAACUCUGUGGGAGUAGAGAAGGAGGAGGAUGACGAUAUUGCUGAAGAUGCUGAAGAAUCUAAAGGUAGAUUUAAGAAACCACUUAUGCCUCCAGCCAAGCUUCUUAAAGAAAUAGCUGCAAAUGAAGAUACGGAUUCUGUGGAAGAGGAAAAGGAGGUGGAAGAUGAUAUUGAAAUGUCCAAAACCGGAUCCAAGAAGCCCCCAGUGCCUCCCGUGAAGCCUCAUAAAGAAGUUACUGAAAAUAUGGACUCUGUAAAGGGAAAAGAAAAGGAGAGAGAGGAAGAAGAGAAGCAUGUUGCUGUUACAGGUGAAGAUGCUGAAGAAUCCAAAGUUGUCCCAAUGGAGGCUCCCAAACCUCCACUUGUUCCCUUGAAGGUCUUGUCUGAUAAGCUGAAGGUUUCAUGGGACAGUCCUUCCUCUGAACAGCUUGGAAAUCCAUCAACAGAUGGUAGCAAAGAAGAUCUCCUAGAGGUAGACAAAGAAGGAGCCCAACCUCCAAGACCACCACCUAAGAUUUUGUUAGAGGGGCCUCAAGACAGUGUGAGUUGUUCUUGGAGCAGCCCAGAGGAAGAUACAUCCGGAGGUGACCACCACCAAGCUGGAGAUGCCAAACCACCAGUGAAUGGUUUUGAUGGUGAUAGAACAACAGAGUCUGUUUUUCACAACGGAGAGGAGCAUCUCCCUUCUCAAACGCUGCAAGAGUCUUCAUCAGAACUUGGAGCAAAUAAGUGUCUAAGCUUGCCUUCUAAAGACCCGGUUCCCAUCGCAGGAGUGGUGGGAAGUGCUGUGAUGUCUAAGCCUCGUUGUGCCUCCCUGGUGGACCUCCUGUCGGAACCAACCACGGGGCGGGAUCCCCAGUGGGCCGACCUCCACGUGGCUCACAUGAAGAAGAAAGUGGCGUGCGAACAGGAGAGAACCGAGAAGCUCCUGCAGAAGGUCCUACAGCGGGGACUCGAGCAGGCCCAGGAGGACAACAGACCGCCGCUCAACGCAGAGACGUUGCUCAAUGCAGCGGCGGCACAGCUCCGGCAAGCCACGCAGGUCCUGCAAGAGGUCAGAGAUUUAGGAGAAAUGAAAAAGGAUCCCACCAAGCACCAGAAAGGAGCACCAAAGGAUCUGGUGACUCUGUAUAGGAGAAGUGCUCCUUGAGAGGAAGGUGCUUUUCAUACUGCACCACUUAGUUGACGUUGUCAGAGAGCACCCUUUCUGCUAUCCUGCUAGGCCAGUGUCUUCAAAGAGCAGGGGCCGUGGUCUUGCUGUGCCUCCCCACUAACAGAAUAGAACAUUUUGCUAAAUGUUUCAGCAUCUUUUUUUAUUAUUUUGAACCCUGCUGGUGGUUGUGAGAGACCAUCCAGGGGAUUGAAAGGCAGAGGCUUUCUGAAAGGCAAGCUGUAGUGAGGCCAAGGGUGUGCCUCUCUCUUUCUGCCCUUCUUUUAUUUUUAUUUAUUUUAUUUACAGCAUUUAUAUUCCGCCCUUCUUUCUCACCCCGAAGGGGACUCAGGGCGGAUCACAUUACACAUAUAAGGCAAACAUUCAAUGCCUUUUAACAUAGAACAAAGACAAGACAAACAUAGGCUCCGAGCGGGCCUCGAACUCAUGAGUUCCUGGUCAGAGUGAUUCAUUGCAGUUAAUUGCACUGGCUUGCUCUCCCGUCUGAGCCACAGCCCGGGCCCGAUCUGGACGAUCCUUUGAAGGGACAGAUGUUCUAGAUUAGCCAAGAGUGUCCAGCUGUGACAACUAUUUCCCAAUAUCAAUUUCUCCUGAUUCGACCAUGUGGUGGUAUGGCCAUCCUUGCACAAGAGUGCCUGCUCUGGGGUUGGGACGUUCCUGAAAUCUAAAAUGACUUUUUUAAAGAGUUUGCUGAGAGAGACCUCAAACAUCUAAGGUCAUGUGUUUAUCCAUCUCCUCCUCAACAGUGUUAUGGUAAUCUCUGAGCGGUUAGACUCAAUUCAACCCUCUCUGGGGGAGAUUCCACCAAAAUGCAGCAGAGUAGCAAAAGCUUUCAAAUGCAAGUUACUAACACAGGGUGAGAAAAGAGAAACCUUUCAGCUUAGGAUGGCAAUCGAUUGCAGAGUCUCAGUAAAAGUUCAAAAAGUAUUUAAAAAAGAACUCCAUUGUAGAUAGAAAGGCUUGGGAGCUGUCUAGUCUACUCUAAACUGGUUUCUAAGGAAAAUAAGAAAGGAAAAAUAACAAACAUCUAAAUAGUUACAUCUUGCCAGGAGAGACAGAAAGAUGCUGCUUGUUAGCUAGAAGAACAAAGGGAGAGGAAUGAACCAAAAUGGUCCAGUUUAUUGGGGCCAUAAAAGACAUUCUGACUAAUGAGAAGUUAGUGUCCCUAAAGAUUCACAUUUCUACUAACUUCAAAGUAAGGGAUGUGACAUAAACAGGAUAGAGUGAAACACAGUAAAGCCUAUCUGGGUAUGCUUUGGAAACAGGGAAGGAUUCCCUCAAUCUAACUCUUAUCAUCUAUCUGACUACAUUUAGACUUGAGUAGUCCAGGGUGAUUCCCGACAAACAGAGACCAAGCUGAUCUCAAACAUGAGAUGGAAACAGGGUGUGAAUGGCUUGAUGACAUUCAUUCAUUCCUUCCUUUUAAAAAUGGGAAGGAGAUCUGGUAAUUCUUCAGAUCCGAAUCCAUAUUCUAAGUGCCUUGGGGCUGUAUGCCGCCCACAUGUUCUAAUCUGCCUCCCAAAUCGGUCUGAGAGGAGUUGUGCGAAAGCAAGCUACAUUACAGAUUUCUAAAACCUGUCUGGAAAAUAGUAAGCCAGCUGCCAGGGUCGAGUGAAGUUCUACCAAGAGCCCGCCUGGCAGCCAACCACACAGAACUAAUGAAAGACAGCUCUACUAGUGGGCGGAAUGAGAGAAGGACAGGGAAUUGGCCAUAAGAUGUUGGCACUAUGCUUGUUAUGAAGACUACUGGCCAAGUAAAGUGAAGGACUCUGCCUCCAUAUUAUCAUGUGUAUAUAAUGUCAUGUCUAUGAAAGAGGGAGGCAUUGUCUCGUCCUUCACUGAAGUCAGCAAAACGUCUUGUGCCAGAACUGUCACUCACACAAGGCACACGGGACAGGCUUGGUUCCAGAGUUGGCUUAGAUGAGCUCUCCGAAAGAGCAGCAACCCCAGGCUUUCUCUCAGGCAGGAAUGGUGGCCAAAUGGCUUAAUCUGUGCAGUCGAUAGGAUCUUGCAGUGCCAGGGUUAUUUUUCCUCUUCCGAUGGACAGAGCUGAGAAAAAGUUACUUUUCUGGAAACUAGCUCCCAGAAUUCUCCUGCCACCAUAAGAAGAAGAAGAGGAGGAGGAGGAGGAAGAAGAAGGAGAAGAAGAAGAGGAAGGGGGAGGGGAAGGAGAAGAAGGAGAAGACUCUUUAUUUAUAUUCUGUAGGCAUGUCCGAUCGAUGAAAAAAAUGUUUCAAUUCUCGUUUCUAAAGUAGGGGGCGCCGGCGCUUCGAUAUAGAAAGUAUUUCCGAUUUUUUUCACCCAAAAAUUUCGGAUAUUUCCGAAAAUUCAUAAUGAUUCUAAAUGUUUCUAAAAUGGCGGACGCACAUGCGCUAUCGCUACACACCAGGCUUGUAUGGCAAUCUUCCAUGUGGACGCAGAGGACGUUAGCCCCCACCUUUGUGUCCAUCGUGGAAGCUUCUGAUUGGCUGGGGUGUGGCAAUGUUAGGCUGCUCUAAGCUCCCAUUCAAGGUAGGUUGCAGAAACAAAAAAUUUUUUAAAAUAUUUUAAAAAAUAUAUUUAAAAAAAUUGGGGGGGGGGGAAAUUAAUGAAACAUUAAGAGACAAUUAGAGAAUGGGCCAACAAUGGUUCGAAUUACAUUGCUGGUUGCGCUGUGAGACAAUGUCUCGGAAUGCGUAUCAAAAAGCGAGAACAAUCCGAAAUAAUUCCGAUAUACGAUUCAAAACGAUUUUUUGGACAUGUCUAAUAUUCUGACCUACCCUCGGGGAGUCAGCAUUUACAUACAUCAGCAAACAUUUAAUGCCUUUACAACCAUAUACAAUGAGACACAAACAAAGGCAAAGGCUUCUCCUUUCGUUUCCGGCUUCUCCUUUCGUUUCCGGCUUGAAAGCAUGAAAGCAUUUCUCUGGCCUCUAACCUCCCUCUUGUUUGCGAUUCUCACACUCCUCCAAACCCUGAAUUCCAAACGGUCAGCUCGAUCCAAGGAGCCCGUUUCAUCAAGGUCAGCCUGCUCGUUAGUUUGCUGAGCCUCGUUAUCAGACUGAGAACUGUCCUCCUUUUCCAAGUCAAUGUGCACCUGGCUAGUUUCAGUAUCAUCAACAUCAUUCCUUGCUGUGGGAAAAUGAACUUGCACUCUCUGUUCCUCAUCUUCUACAACAGGGACAUUUUGUACCUGAUUUUGAACCUGAAUCCCAUCAUCCUCAUCAGAGUCAAUCUGAGGUUCCAGCUGAGUCACAACAAUAGAUUCCUUCCCUUCCCAGUAAGCUCAUGCAAAAGCAAACUGCUGCAGCUUUUCCGUCUGUGAAAUGCUGAAGGGGAAUAUGUGACUGUCUGAGCCUUCCAUCACUCCUCUGACUUUUAGAUCUCUUUUUUGAAAAUGUCCAAUCUCUGGAUUUAAUUUCCCAGAAUAAUCUAUAGUAGUGCUAAAUGGAGGGAUUCUCACUACUGCUGGGACUCCACCAAUCCAAGAAGCAAGCCCUUAAGUGGAUAUGGGUAUAGCCUUCUCUUUCCAGGAGUGAUCAGUCUUCUGGAAGCUAUGGUGUUCUGAUCUUCAUAUUAAUAAUAUACUUUAUUUAUAUUCUGCUCUAUCUCCCCGAGGGGACUCAGGGCGGAUUACAGAACACAUUUACGGCAAACAUGCAAUGCCGUUAUACAAUUAACAUAGACAGACAAUACAUAAACAGAGGUAAAGGCUUUCCCUAUCUUUUCCAUUUCCAGCAUCUGAAGGCUCUGCUUGACUCUGACCACGAAAAGAGGGGUGUUGUUGCUCCAUCUUCCAUGCCGAAGAGUUUUGUCAUCCUUAGACAUCCUCCCGCUUUAACCACUGGCAUGUCCUUUUGGGCACCUUUUAUCACCUCCCUGCUUUAAAGCGGCACCUAUUUAUCUACUCACGUUUCUGUUUUCAAUCUGCUAGAUGGGCAGGGAGCUGGGGCUGAUGGCAGGUGCUCACCCCGACCUGGGCUUGAACUGCCAACCUACUCACAUUUCUGUUUUCAAUCUGCUAGAUGGGCAGGGAGCUGGGGCUGAUGGCAGGUGCUCACCCCAACCCGGGCUUGAACUAUCAACCUACUCACAUUUCUGUUUUCAAUCUGCUAGAUGGGCAGGGAGCUGGGGCUGACGGUGGGUGCUCACCCCAACCUGGGCUUGAACUGCCAACCUACUCACAUUUCUGUUUUCAAUCUGCUAGAUGGGCAGGGAGCUGGGGCUGACGGUGGGUGCUCACCCCAACCUGGGCUUGAACUGCCAACCUACUCACACUUCUGUUUUCAAUCUGCUAGAUGGGCAGGGAGCUGGGGCUGAUGGCAGGUGCUCACCCCAACCCGGGCUUGAACUGCCAACCUACUCACAUUUUUUUUGCAAUCUGCUAGAUGGGCAGGGAGCUGGGGCUGACGGUGGGUGCUCACCCCGACCUGGGCUUGAACUGCCGACCUUUCAAUCGGCGGGAUUUUCUGCAUCUUAUCAAUAUAGCCGACUAUGCUAAGCUCAGCAUCAUAGUUGUAGUUCUCCAAAUGCAGACUAAAAGUGGAUCAAAGCCAGGCUUAAUUCGAGCACCUAUACAUUUGUUUUGCACUAGUUGACUUGUCCUUUAAUUGUAGGGCACUUAGUAUUAUUUUAGAGCUGCUUCACUCACGGCCUUUUCAAAUGUUUCUGUCAAGGUGGCUUAUACUUAUUAUCCAAAAAGACAGUACUGUGAACAUUGUCUUUUGGAAAGGAUGUAGUUCGCACAUGUUAGCUCUUCUAUUGAAGACUGAAGUACAGUACAGUCUCACUUAUCCAAGUCUCGCUUAUCCAAGCCUCUGGAUAAUCCAAGCCAUUUUUGUAGUCAAUGUUUUCAAUAUAUCAUGAUAUUUUGGUGCUAAAUUCAUAAAUACAGUAAUUACAACAUAACAUUACUGCAUAUUGAACUACUUUUUCUGUCAAAUGUGUUGUACAACAUGAUGUUUUGGUGCUUAAUUUGUAAAACCAUAACCUAAUUUGAUGUUUAAUAGGCUUUUCCUUAAUCUCUCCUUAUUAUCCAAGAUAUUCGCUUAUCCAAACUUCUGCCGGCCCAUUUAGCUUGGAUAAGUGAGACUCUACUGUACCACGAGUGAUCUUUAGGUUGGAUUUGGCUGUCGUAAGCCUGAAAGCACAGACAACUUCCUAUCUCCUUUGAUGUAAUUUUUGUCAAGUGUUGAAAAAUCAAGGGGCGUACACAUGCGUGAACCAAAAAAUCAUACAGAUCCAUUUUGGUGAGAAGCCAGGAUUAAUUACAGGUCUUUUUACAAGUAUAUAGUCAGCUGCAGACCCAGAUCUGUUGUCAUGUCAUGUGUGAACAAGAUAGAAUUUAAUCUAGUUCAGAACUGAAGGAAAUACUUCUUGGGCCUUUCCACAUAGCCAUAUAACCCAGAAUAUCAAAGCAGAUAAUCCACAAUAGAGUCUCACUUAUCCAACAAUUAAUAAGUGUGUUUUUAUUCUUUUUGGUUAAUGUGCAAAUAUUACAAUUGGUGCAUGUUAGUUUAUUGAUGUAUAUUGUAUAUUGUUAUUGUUUUGUAUUUGAUAUUUCUGUGAGUCCCCUCCGGGGGAGAUGGUGGCGGGAUACAAAUAAACAUCAUUAUUAUUUGCCAACGUUUUUACUAAUCCCGAUGGCGUCCAGGCACUUGAUGAUCCAGCUGUGUGGGAGUGAUCAUCAUCAUCAUCAUCAUCAUCACUAUUAUUUUAUUAUGAUACAGCAAACAAAAUAAGAUAUGCUGGAUAGUAAUGCUAAAGUAGUAAAACGAAAUCCAGUAUUAUUAAUAUAAUAAUAAUAAUAAUAAUAAUAAUAAUUAUUAUUAUUAUUAUUAUUAUUAUUAUUGUACGGGCUGGCAGAAUGUUGGAUAAGCGAAAACGUUGGAUAAUAAGGAGGGACUAAGAAAAAGCCUAUUAAAUGUCAAAUGACAUUAAGAUUUUACAAAUUAAGCACCAAAAAAUCAUGUUUUACAAGAAAUCGACAUACACAGUAACAUUGUGUAGUAAUUACUGUAUUUACGAAUUUAGCAUGAAAACAUUGCAAUGUAUUGAAAACAUUGACGAAGAAACAUUGGCUACGAACAAAUUGACUACGAAUAAAGACAGAAUUGCGUAAAAUGAACAACAUUUUUGGAAAUUAAAUCUCUAAAAAGUUCUGUUCUUGCUGCCUAGAGAAACAGCUGUGGAUCCGGGCAGGAGGCAAACUGUGUUGGAUAAUCCAGAAGGUUGGAUAAGCGAGACUCUACUGUAUCUGCUUUGGACUGGAUUAUAUGAGUCCAUGCUGUGAUAUAAUCCAGUUCAAUGUGGAUUUUAUACAGCUGUGUGGAAGGGGCUUUGGUAUGUUUACUUUUGUGUUUUUAAAAUUAGUGUUGAAGAAUGGUCUUGACAUGUUUCCGAAGCUUCUUCUGUACAAACCUUGGCAAGAAUCUCACGGUUGAACCUUGGUUGUGCUUCUUCUUGCAGAGCAAAACACUGUAAAACCUGUACUAACUUAAAAAUGUUUUUUCCACACACUGUCUUGUAAAUAAGAGUAACUUAAUGUCUCUUUUAGUGAAGGCAGAUGGAUCGUUAUUUUGAUUGCAAACAACAUUCCCAAAUGCUUUGUUUGGAAAGUUAUUGCAUUCUUGUAACCCAUUGAAAUAGUAAACUGUAUACUGCUGAUCGCUCUUAAAAACUGAGAAAUCUUUAAAAUGUGUCUAUUUUAACAAGA